AAUCCAAACCUCCCUCAUUGAGAGAAUGAAACUAUCCUGUGCCUUUUAAAGAAUCACUUGAAUUUGACAUAAACCAGAACAAUGUCUCAAUUCUAUCUUUCUCCCUGCAAAUCAUUGUUUCGUUUGGUAUUUAGAAUAUUUCUUUCUAUAUUUGUCGCCAUCGGUUUGCUAAUUCUACUCGUGUUUGCAUUAUUUCCACGAUGUUUUGUCAUCUUACUCGCCAAAAUUGUAUCACCGACUGGAUUUGGCGAAAUUUUGGACGGAAUAUCCAACGUAUUCGGGGUAAAUGCAAAUCUUACCACGAUGGUGUUCCACUGGAGGGUGCAAGGAGUUCCUGACUUGACCAAGAUAAAGGAGGACUUCACCCUAAAAAUACUAAAUUGUAGAGAUUCCCACAACAAAUUAAGAUACCCCGAGCUUCGUCAAAGUAUCAUUUCCUGGUGCGGAUUUCUCUUUUGGAAAAACGUGCCCAACUUUGAAUUAUCGAUUCGUCUCAUUCUACCCCUCUCCUUCGACCUAUACUCAACUCAGGGCCGAUCUCUACUGAUAAAUAUGAGCGAAUUAGGGUGGAAAUUUGGCCGCCAAGUUUUAUGGGAAAUUGUCCUAAUUCCAGUACAAUCAGGGGAAUAUUUCGACAUUAUUUUCCGCUACCAUCACGCUCUCGGAGAUGGCGUUUCGAUAUUAAACUUAUUCAGCAACGUUACCCAUCCCGACCUUGUGGGACAAGUUGUCCCGCCAAAGAUGAUGGGGCGUGGUCUAGCCUGUACUAAAUCGUGUCAAAAUUGGGCCUUUAUAUCGACACUAGUUAUGAUCCCGUACGAUUUGGCGGCGUAUGUUGAAGCACAACUAAUCUCGUUAUUUAGCACAGAUGUAUUUUCUGCGAUAGAUAGGAACACUUCCGGUUUCUCGGGACGAAUUAGUUACGCCCCAUCACUCCCGCCAAUAAGUUUUAGCACGAUGAAAAAACUGGCGAAUGAAAAUAACAUAUCACUUACAACGUUUAUGUACCACUGCUUGACAAACUCGGUGAGGAAAGCUGCCCUGAAAAGAGGUGUGUCCCCAAGUGCUGAUAUUCUAGUGAAUUUCCCCAUGCUGAGCAAAGAUCAUCCCGACAAAAUGAGAAAUAUUAUAGAAGAAAAUUCUGCCACGAGGAUGCACCUAAUUAAAGAACAACUUGAAAAUUUGGGAAAUUCGGCAAUUCCUUGGGUUCUGGGGAUGAUUGGAUCUCUUGCAGCAUGUCAACUUCCAGUUAUCUUAAGAACAAUGCUCCGUCUGAAUAAUAGGCUGAGGGCAAACUUCACUUUUACAAACUUUUCAUGGAAUCGACUACCCAUAACGAUGUUUGGAUUCCCGGUUCUCGGAAUGAAUGGUAUUCUUGGAGGGACGCAUGGCACUAAGGUCAUUGCCAUGGGCUUGAUGACCAGUUGCGACGACGUUUGGUUAAGCAUGAUGGGAGAUUCUGGGUACAUUGGGAAAAACGUGGUGGACGAUAUUGUGGAAGGAUUUUACCAGUGAGACGUUGUGACUCUGGUGAAUCAAUCCCCUACCGAUUUUUGGCGGUGGUGGCUGCGUUACUGGGACCGUUCACGAUGUAUGUCACAUAAAUGAAAACCUAGUAAUUAGAAGGAAAACAUUUUUCUAAUUAAUUAGUAAUUACCAGAAGGCGUAUGUAUGUACGUAAAUACCACAAAAUAUGUAUCUUCUUAAAAAACCUGAAAAUAUCACUCAAAUUAAGGUUCCCUCAAAAUUAUAUUUCAUGAAUAUCGUAGAAAAUUCAGGUUGAAAAACAUUUUGUAUGUGUGAUAUUUUCAGGUUUUUUAAGAAGAUACAUAUUUUGUGGUAUUUAUGUACAUACAUAC